GGACAGGGAUCGGGUUUACGGAAGAGAACUCAACUUCCGGAAAGGAUUGUGUUUCGCAUAUCGAUAAAUAAUUCACCUUCCUGGUUUUGAAGGCUACCUUGUCAGGAGGAAAUUGAACCAUCUGUACCACCUGAAGCCGAAUACAUAGACUGUGAGUGGGUCAUCAGGCAGUCUCCUUAUGUCAGGCCGAAACGGGUCUGCAAGUGAUGCAGACUGCCGGAUCUCUGAGGACUGCCAUGUCCCAGAUGUUGAGCUGAUGGAGCUGGGGCCACUGCUGGAGGAGGCAGGGGGGCGACAGGCAGCAUCUAAAGGCGCCCAUCAAGAGGGAGCCGCAAUGCUUGCUGAAGAGGAAGAGGAGGAUGAUGAGGUGGGAGAGGUCCUGACCUUGCCACUUCAGGCUCACCAUGCCAUGGAGAAGAUGGAGGAGUUUGUACACAAGGUCUGGGAGGGGCGCUGGAGGGUCAUCCCUUUUCACGUCCUGCCAGAGUGGCUUAAGGACAACGAUUACCUCCUGCAUGGACAUCGCCCCCCUAUGCCCUCUUUCCGGGCUUGUUUUGGAAGCAUCUUCAGAAUUCACACUGAGACAGGAAACAUCUGGACUCACCUGUUAGGGCUGAUUUUAUUCAUUUGUCUGGGCACGUUAACCAUGCUGCGGCCCAACAUGUAUUUUAUGGCCCCUCUGCAAGAGAAAGUGGUGUUCGGGAUGUUCUUCCUGGGAGCUGUGCUCUGCCUCAGCUUCUCCUGGCUGUUUCAUACCGUCUACUGCCACUCUGAGAAAGUGUCUCGCACCUUCUCCAAGCUUGACUACUCGGGCAUUGCCCUCCUGAUCAUGGGCUCCUUCGUGCCCUGGCUGUACUACUCGUUCUAUUGUUCCCCUCAGCCUCGACUUAUCUACCUCACCAUUGUUUGUGUCCUCGGCAUUGCCGCCAUCAUAGUGGCCCAGUGGGACCGGUUCUCUACACCUCGUCACAGACCUACUAGAGCAGGUGUGUUCAUGGGUCUUGGAUUAAGCGGCAUUGUCCCCACCAUGCACUUCACCAUCGAGGAGGGCUUUGUUAAGGCCACCACAGUCGGCCAGAUGGGUUGGUUCUACCUGAUGGGUGCCAUGUAUAUCACUGGUGCUGGUCUGUACGCAGCCAGGAUCCCUGAGCGCUAUUUCCCUGGGAAGUGUGACAUCUGGUUCCACUCUCAUCAGAUUUUUCACGUCCUGGUCGUGGCAGCGGCGUUCAUCCACUUCUACGGGGUUUCCAACCUGCAGGAGUUCCGCUACGGCCUCGAGGGAGGAUGCACAGAUGACACUCUACUCUGAGAGGCCCGACUGUGACUUGCUCAUACUUUUCUUUAUAGCCCCACACACACACACACCGCACGACAUACACACACUCACACACACACACACACACGCACACACACACACACACACUUAAAAUGCUGCUGGAAUUCAAUAUAUAGUCACUUAUUGCUCCUUCUGUACUUCUGAUUUGCGAACAUCUUGUUUGGGUUUUGGUGGUCUUUUCUGUUUGGCUCUUUUUUGCUCAAAUAAAGUAGCACUAACUAGCCAUUGAACUAUGGAGGGAAUAUAAAACAGGCACUACUUCUUCAGUAAUUAUGAAGCUUGAAGUCUGCAUUUUCAAGUAAGAUCAAAAUGUGUUUUUAACCAAAAUCUUAUAUUCCUGUAAGUGAUGGUUACUUCUUAGAAGCUCACUAGAAACCCAACCUCUUCAUAGUCUGUUACGAUUGCAAAAAGGGUACAGAGAGUAUUGUCUGUGCUGUAGCAGAGUGCACCUUUCCUUUCCUUUUCCCCCUCCCCAGUCUCCAUGCAGGUUAGAGGAUGAAUGUACUGUCCACCAGGAGUUCAGGUGUAGAGCAGUCUAGGACCAUUUAGUUGCUUGGGGGGGGCUGCACAUGUAUUUGUAUGAGGAUGAUGAAAGCAUACACAUGUAGUGUGUGUAUAGGUGUCACCAGAUGUUUCUGAACUAUGUUGACACUGAUUGCAAAGCUGUCUGUUAAAACCCGGAGGACCACCACAAGCCCACCCAUGAGCCCUCUGCAAUAAAACAUGAACUGUACUCUGAAGGCCCAGUGAAUACUCCUAAGAUUCAACUAAAACUAAAUAAAAUACACCAUUAUGAAGGGAACAUAAAGCCUAAAUGAUAUAAAUAUAAUCUAGAGAUGUGUCUGAGUAACACAAGCUGUAAUUAAUUAGAAUUCCCUCCAAAAAUGAAGGGGUUGGAUACUUGAACGUUGCCAUUUAUUUAAACUUAUUACUGAAAAAGUUCCUUUGUGUUAAUUGACAAAAGUCCCAAACAAAUAGGUUUUAAAUUACAUAAUGGCACAGCAAAAAAUAUAUGCUCAAUUCAGAUUAGACUAAGAUGCUUAAAACUACCCUGCCAUAAUUUGUCAGUCAGACAACACAUCAUUAAUUAAGAGUGGUAGUUCCUGGGCUACGCACAAUGUACAGAUCUGGAUAGGUCAAAUUGUGUUUUCGUCAGCUAGAGAUCUUUCUUUUGUGCUAGAUUUCAGAUGCAAUGAGAGGUGUAAAUAUCAAAUGCACCUUUAGUGUAUACUAUUAAAUUUAAAAUGUUAAAUCACCAUAAGGUUAUGUAUGAUUGAUAUAAACUUUUAGUAUUCCUGUGCCUUAGGCCAACGGAAAUGUUUUUAAAUAAAACGGCCUAUCUUAACAGUCAAGGGAGCUUCAAGGAUUUCCAGAUGUUGACUUUUCUUGUUUUCCUUGCCAUAUAUACAAUCGAAUCAUUAUUGAACUUACAACUCCAUGGAUAGGUUGUAUCAACUGCUGUUUAAGACUCCUUUUUCUAGAUCAACUUAUUCAAGCUUUAUUACAAAGACUAAAACAAUGUGUAUUCUUGACUUUGUGUAAUGUCCUGUGUAGAAAGUGAUAAAUCAUACAUUUCCCUGAAAUGUAAACAUAAAUAUUUAUUAAUGGUAAUCUUGGAAAAUUAUUGGAAUAAAUUUUUUUCCACAUGUACAAA